AUGAUAACACCAGCGUUUCUCUUCGCAUUAGCGUUACUAGGCAAUGCCCGAGCCGAUUCCCAGGCUGGUGCCGAUACAAUUGAUGUGGAGCCGAACCAAGUGUUCGAAAAAACAUUCGAGGCAGGAUUACAAAUCACGUCAAUGCAAUUUAUACCAAAGGCAACCGAGGGUGAAACCCUGCAGAACCGCAAACCUGCGCAACCCGUAGACGUCAAAAACCCAUGCACGGGUUCCAAAAACGCGCCCGCAGAUGCGAAAGCAAACUGCUUUGUAGUUUCAAAACUUCUGUUUCCCGUCACCGUGAAGGCCAAGAUGGAAUCAACUGAUCGGAUCCUUACGUUGAAAGGUGAAGGUAACAAAGAACUAACAGUCACCUUCAAGCCCUAG